GAACACUGAUCGACCGCACAGGCUCGUAUGACGCAUUUCCGCACACGAUCAAGUAAAUACGAACAAACUCAAGGGUGGUUCGAAUGACAAAUUCCGCUUUCGGGACGCCUAGGGAGAAAGCGUAGUGCAUACAUCCGCCGAUGCGCGCUCGCGAACGCGCACCCAACCACAAAUCCCGGGACAGUAGAAUGUACUGUAGAAAAAUUUCCCAGUAAAGAAAGAGAAUUGUUAGUGGAAAAGUCGUGCGAGAGGCGAAUCGUGAAGAGAUACCAGUGUGUGAAAAGGAAGUCGCGAGCACUGUCAAUUAUACUUAAAAAACCAGGGAAGUGACGACUUUGCAUACUUUGGCACUUAGAUAAAUAUUUGUGAUUUGUGUCUGCUGUCUGGUGACAUUUACGAGAUUGGCAACAAAGAUGUCAGUAUUGAAUCAGAGUGGUGAGGAUGCAGUGGAAUGUCCUCUGUGUAUGGAACCAUUAGAAGUGGACGAUCUGAAUUUCUUCCCUUGCACCUGUGGGUAUCAAAUAUGCCGUUUUUGUUGGCACAGAAUUCGUACCGACGAGAAUGGUUUGUGUCCCGCGUGUCGAAAGGCCUAUUCUGAAAAUCCGGCUGAUUUUAAACCCCUUACUAAGGAAGAAAUAGCAAGAUUGAAAGCUGAAAAGAGAUUAAAGGAUCAACAACGGAAGCAGAAAGUUACAGAAAAUCGGAAACAUCUAGCAAAUGUGAGAGUAGUACAAAAAAAUUUAGUGUUUGUAGUAGGAUUACCAUUGCGACUGGCAGAUGCAGACGUUUUAAAGAAACACGAAUAUUUUGGAAAAUUUGGGAAGAUACACAAAGUCGUAAUUAACCAGAGUACUUCCUACGCAGGGUCUCAAGGCCCCAGUGCUUCGGCUUAUGUUACUUAUCAACGUCAAGAGGAUGCGCUACGUGCUAUAGAGGCUGUGAAUAACAUUGUUGUGGAUGGUCGGACAAUAAAAACAUCAUUGGGAACGACAAAGUACUGUUCGCAUUUUAUGCGUAACCAAGCCUGUCCGAAGCCAGAUUGCAUGUACCUGCACGAUCUUGGGGACCAGGAGGCAUCGUUUACGAAAGAGGAGAUGCAUCAAGGGAAACAUCAAGAGUAUGAACGCAAGCUGGUGCAAUCGUUACAUGCACAUGUAUCUUCAGUGCAAAGGAAGCCGACACCAUCACCACCUGUAACAGGCAGUAUUGUUAGGGAAAGCGGAACUGUAAACUCAUCACAAACUAAAGAGGCGUGGCCUUCGUUGCAGCCGGGACAAACAAAUGGCACACAAACUAAUUGUAAAGAAGUAUCACCACCUGUGCAAACAACUUCGCAACAUAAUAAUAUAACAAGUGGAAAUGGAACGGUAGUUCAACAGAGUCAUAUAUCCUCCGGGGUGGCUAUGCAUCAACAGAAUAAUAAUAAUAAGGGUGAAAAUGGCGUGGGUUUACGACGGGGUAAAAGUAACAGCGAAAGCAAGGCGCAGGCAGCUCGAAACAAACAUAAAAAUAGUCAAAACAAGGAGAAACAUGGUAGCCGUACGACGUCGCGGUCCGAAUCGAAUUCGAUCAACACACAGAGUAGUUCACAGUCACAAAUCACUGGGCAGAAGGAUGUUAGAAACUUUUCCGCUGAUACGAACAAUGAAAUAUUACAAAAAUUAGGUAACAAGUGUAAAAUGGAACAGCAACAACAGCAGCAACAGCCACAGUCGCAACAAAUUAGCAAAACAUCAAAAUUAGUUCAAUCGCAGUCUCACGAGAUUAAAGUAAAUGGUACGUUACAAAAUGGGGAACGUCGGCAUUCGGAUAGUGAAACAGAUCAACAACGCGAAGGUAGCACGCCAGCGAGUACCAUCUCGAGCACGGAAGACUCAAAUGUAAAUCAUCAAACCGAACAUUUGGCCGAAUCGAGCGAGGAAAACAGUACUGCUGCUAUUUUGGGUUCAUCUCCAGCUAGCACAAAUUCAUCACAAGGUGCCAAUCAGCCACCACCACCAGGAUUACACAAUGGAUCUCAAAUGCAACUCAACCAUCGGUCAAUCUUUCAGCCGGACAAUAACAGUUUCUUCAGUUCAAACACGUUCCAAAAAAUAUCAACCACCACUUCAAUGCCACCUAAUUCUCUUGCAGCAAACGCAAAUCUGGAUUGGACGGGUACAGGAGUGGCUUCGAUACCCGACUCUUUACCUACAGUUCAUUCUAGCGAAGAUUGGCAAGCGGCUUUCGGCUUUCAACCAGAAUCGUCUCGAACGAAUCACCUUAUACCAAAAUCCAGCCCAUCCGAAUCGCCGAACGUAACAUUUAAUUCCGAGGGUUUUGUUGAUGAGGAGGUUUACAUAAACGCACCGUACACCACUACACUCACGGAAUCAUCUGAUACCUUCACGCCUAACUUACUUGUAAAUUCCGCGUCUAAAUUUAUGGCAGACUUUCAACAAAAUUCAUUACAACAAAGGCUUAAUAUGCAGGUACAACAAAAUCAAGAAAAUUGUGAAUACAUAAAACAAAACGGCCAUGCUACACUGGAAGAAGUUCGAAAUCAUCGUGAUGCGGGGUCAGACGUGAAAGCGGACGACGAUUUAGGUUUCGAUCCUUUUCACGAGACACAGAAGGCAUUAGCCGAACUUAUGGAAAAUGAAAUGCAGAUACAACAGCAGAGGAUAUACCAACAGCAACAACAGCAGAGAGAACGAGAGGAGCAAACUAGGGUGCAGCAUCAACAAACUCUCGCGAGUCUUGGUCAGCAACACUUUCCACAAGUUGCACACAUAGCACAUUUGCAGCAACAAGCUCAGCACUUGCAAAAUCUUCAAGUGCUUCAAUCGCAUUCCCUUCUGUCUCGUCUUCCACAAACUCUGUUACAAAGCGGCACGCAGAGUCCUGCACAGAGCACCGUGACGGCCAACAGUUUAGGACAACGCAGUCGCCUUCCGCCACCGGGUUUCCUUGGUUCCACGCCAAAUCACAUGAACUCGUUUGGUCUCGGUAUACCACGUCCAGCACCAACGAAUAGCGCCCUCUCUGGUGCGCAAGCACCCCAACAGAGUGCAUAUCUUCCCAAUGGAAAUCCGCUUCUCAACACACAAAAUAUUGGCAAAUGCACGAGCGAUGCGGUCUAUACUCUGAAAGAUUGGUGUGAAAUUAAUAAUCAGCAACAACAGCAGCAAUUUCACCAUCAAGCUUUGCACCAGAAAGGAUGGAACAAUUUCGGACCUAUCGCGGAUUGGACAUCGAUCGAUCCGGCUAUAGUUACCUCGUCUAGACCUCUUCCAUUCCAAACUACCAGUACAUGGCAGUUUCCUCACAUUCAUCCCUCUCACACUGUAGCUCAUAAUGCGCAACAGGAACAGAACGCAUCUGCUCAACAUUGGGCAAUGCAACCACCUCCUGGCUUCGCUGCACCCACGACUGCAGGACAAUUAAGUAAUCCACAGCCGAGUGCGACCGCACAACCGCAUACUAAACUCAUCUCUGCAGGGUCAGAAAUCGAAAACCUAUAAGUCUUAUGUGAGGCGAACGAGUCGAGACGUCGUAAUAUUUCCGGACAUGGCAAGAUCAAAUCCAGCAAAAGAAAGAAACAAAAAACGACAGUCGCUAAUGUACGUUUUCCUAACACUUCUAUAUCUCAACGAUUUAUUUUAAACCUCCAUUUAUUUGUGCGAGUAUUUAUUCGAAUAAAAUAUCAGAAUAAUACAAGUUUAUGCGUACUCCCACAAUGUAAGUAAAGAUUAUACGUUAAUAUACAUUUUUUUCACUA